CGAGGAUGUUGGACUACAUUCGAGGGAUACUAGAGGCGUACUAAAUCUCCAGAACAUCAAAUAAUCCUUCCCUAUCAUGCCAAAAAGGUGAAGCGGGCUUUUAGCUACAGGUUUCCAAUAUGGUCGACCACUCAAUCACUUCGUCUCUGAUACGCCCUCGCCUCACUCAUCAUCGAAGAACAAGCAUCGCCUCACGCUCCCGGCCAGGCUGAACUUUUCUCAUGUUCUCACGCUUCUGUGUUUCUGCUUUCGACUCUAGACUAUUCUCAUUCUCUGGACCUGUUCACCGAACAACAUUCCAAGCUCGGCCACUAUCAUCAUCCGCCAUGGACACGAUCAUGGCCAACCGUCAGCACCUGUCCACCCUACCCUAUACCCAUUGCCACACACGGAUCGUAUCACUGGCCGAGCUCCAAAUCCCCGAGCACGCCUCCGACGAUGAGUACCGGCGCAUCUACCGCACGUACACGCAGCAGCGCUCAACCUCGAACGCCCGCCUUCUCCGGGAUGCCAUCGAAUCCAUCAAAUACGGGAUCUCUCCCCCCGUGGCCUUCCCCACGGAGACCGUCUACGGACUCGGCUCCGACGCGACCAACGAGCCCGCCAUUUCCGGCAUCUUUGCUGCAAAGGGCCGCCCCAGCGACAACCCUUUGAUCGUCCACGUCUCGUCCGUGGCCCAUCUCGAGCGUCUCACAGGCGAACCACUCCCCGAGAUCUACCGACCAGUCGCGCAGAAAUUCUGGCCGGGGCCACUGACAAUCUUACUCCCGGUACCGCCAAAUUCGGUCUUCGCAAAGAACGUGCACCCAGCCCAGUCGACGAUCGGCUUCCGCAUCCCAUCGUCCAAGUAUGCGCGGUUCUUCAUCGCCGCAAUCGACAGACCGAUUGCCGGCCCAUCUGCGAAUUCGUCAGGCAAGCCCUCGCCCACGACGGCGCAGCACGUUCUCGACGAUCUGCGUGGGAAGAUCAAUUUCAUUCUCGACGGGGGACCGUGCGAUGUCGGCGUCGAAAGCACCGUCGUCGACGGACUGCAUGACCCGCCCUUGAUACUACGACCAGGCGGCGUGUCGCAGUCCGAACUCAUUGCGCACGGUCGGGAACAUGGAAACGCCUUCGCUGAUACCGCGAUCGGGUAUAAGCGGCACGAAGUGAGUUCGGGUGCAGCUUCGCCCGCCUCGGGCUCUGGUCUGAACGUGAGUUUCAUAGAGGACGUGAAUGGUGCUCCGCGAGCGCCGGGGAUGAAAUAUCGCCACUACGCGCCGAACGGGCGGUUGAUCCUAUUCUCCCAGGAGGCUGUUUCAGCAGGCAAGGUCCAGUCGAAACUGGCGGAGAUCAUCGAAUCAGCUUCACCGGAUCUGGGAGAAGGAGUCAAAGUGGGAACCAUUUCCUGCCACUGGCCUGCGUUCGCAGGGCUACCUGUUUCGCCUGUCGAGGACAAAAGCGUGCCAUCAGCACUUGCAGAGUCCGCUUAUGAGCCUAUUGUGUCAAUUGGGUCUUAUUCCGAAGGGUCGAUAACGCUGUAUAACGUCCAGGUUGGCCCCAAGAUUGCCGACCUGGGGCAUUCGCUAUUUGGCGUGCUCAGGCUCUUCGACGAGCUUGGAUGCUCCUUCAUAUUCGCUGAGACAGUGAGGAGAAGUGAUGCUUUGGCGUCUUCGACGGCCACACCUGGGAGCCAACAGAGCCAGGUCCGAGAUCUCGAAGACGCGGUGAUUGAUAGAAUCGAGAAGGCUGCCGCCGAGAGAGUGGAUUGAAAGUUACUGCCGGGGACUGAUAGCUUCGCCACGUGCGUCGUCGACGAACGGCAGGCUCAGGCGGAAAGAUAACUGCUCGUUGGAUAGACAGACUUCAAAGAUGAUCUACACAAGGGCUCCAUCUACCAGCGAUCAAGGCUUCUUCUCCUUUA